AAGUCAUUGCCUCCAAGAUCUUCAGUUCAACAGCGUCAAAACCUUUCUACGUUACUCCAACCUACCGCUUCCUAUCCAUCUUAUACUACAGAUCCUCAAGCAAUUCAACAACUACCUAGACGACAUGAAGUCGAUUCUCCCUAUACUAUUGGCUAUAGUUGGAGUAGUCAACGCCUCUAUCCCGUCUCGACUUGA